CACAUCUUCCUUGAAGAGAUUUUACACCUUUUUUCUGCAAACAGCUCUCUUUCCUGCUUUAAAAAGCUACACCAUGUCUUACCUGGUACCUAUCCGUCAAAUUGGUGGACGUGGAGGUAGCGCAUUCAACUUCAAUGGCACUGACAGUGGAGCAACACUGGAAAAGAUAGGUGCGUGGGCAGGAGGCUGGCAGAUAAAGUCCAUCAAGAUUUGGCUCACCAAUGGCCAGUCCAGGCAGUUUGGAAAUCCUGGUGAUGGGCCUUACUCUGAAUACACAUUUAAAAAAGGAGAACAUAUCACCUCUCUUUCACUGUGGGGGAACGGAGCUGGAACCCGUCUAGGUGCCAUCAAGUUUACGACAACUCUUGGCAGCACCUUUUUUCCACAGAUGACCUCAUGGGGCCUGAAAACAGAGUAUCCCAUUGAUAUCGGCUCUGGUAUCUGCAUGGGAGUCAUUGGAAGCGCAGGUGCAGACAUCGACUGCUUAGGGUUCAUAUUCAUCAACACCAUCAAGUCCUCUGUCCUUACCAACGUCGAUUAUCCCACGCUUGAUGACAUCAUUCCUCAGGUGGCUGUGGAGGAGUUGAAAUCCAUGACUUACUCUAAUAAAACUACUCUUCCUCAGGAGUAUACAAUAGAAACUACAAAGAAAAUCAUCAAAACGUCCUCCUGGUCAGUGACCAACAAGAUAGAAUCAACCUUCAAUGUGUCGGUGAAAGCAGGAAUUCCAGAGGUGGCAGAAAUUGAGAGUGGAUUCAGCUUCACAGAGGGAGUCGAAUCUACACGCUCUCUGGAGAAUUCUGAGGAAAAGGAGGAGAAGCUGUCUUUUCCUGUCAAAGUUCCUCCUGGAAAAACAGUGGAGGCGAAGAUCACCAUCGGCCGGGCUGUUGUAGAACUUCCAUAUACGGGUACAGUGAAGAUCACCUGUUAUAAUGACUCUGUGCUGAAGUUCAACAUCAGUGGAAUCUACAACGGCCUCGCUUUCACCAAAGCAGAUGUAGACAUAACAGAACAUAAUGAAGCCUAG